GUUGGCUCCAACCGAAGGAAAUCACAGACGAACAGACUAGGGAUUCCCGGAACAAUAGAGCAAUAUCUGUGUGGUGUGGAAACCGCACAGUCCAUCACCUCCUUUCUAUCUGUUUCCUGCCGCGACGGCGAAAGCCAGAAGACUUUUUGUUCGAUCGCAGCGUUCACAAUAGCACUGAUGCUGGUAUCAUUGCUCACUUCAAUGUCUCUGGUGCCAUAUUGGAAGAAUUAGUAUGACAUACGAUGACCGGAUCUCCAAAUAUAACGUACUUAAUCUACCAAGCGCUGGAUCUCCGUGUUUGCCUUGUCACACCAUGAAGUCAGAGCUUGCAAUUAUUUGGACGUACAUAAUCUUGUCAGGCUACUCGGUAGAUCAAGGUCUCAGAAAUAGCGCGGAGUUGGUCUUGGAUGCGGACAUGUUACGCAACAAGGCCUGGUUCGCAUGGAUGAGCCAUGGUCAUGCGCACUAUCAUUGCGAAGUCUCACAGAAUCCGGGCCUUCCUGUCGUACUCCGGCUUGGUAACUGUCCUUCAUGGCAUUGGAAAGUAUUCCUGAACCGUGCUCCGCACCAAAGACGAAAUUUUGUGAAACCAAACAGCUUGGUCCUCCACUUGAACCUUCAGGUUAAAAGUUGGUCUGUGGAUUCCCUAUUAUAUUUGGAAGGUGUUCCAGGAAAUCCGAGAUCAGCAAGGUGAUGUCCAUCGCGCAAGCAGAUCCUGACCCAGGUCAACCUUUUUGUUUCCCAAAGAGCUCAAGAUACUCUUGCAUAUUCAGCAUGGCCAUCUGCAACGAGAGGCUAAAACGCAAGGCAUUAAUGUGUUGCUGCUUGGCACAUUGCGUGUCGCUUUACACUUCCUAGCCUUGCUCCCAAAUCACUUUCACCUUCGUCCGAACAUCCUUUUGCUAGCAGUCGCUUGA